GAUUCUUCGCCGUUCCCGGUCACCGCUGCCAUCUUUAAUAAAACAGGGUGAGGACGUGAGGUUUGUUUCUUAGAGUUUGCGUUGAAAAGAGAUAAUUAUUGUAAAUGAAGAUGGUGGAUAAAAUCGAAAUGAGUCUUGACGACAUCAUCAAGCAAAAUAAAGGGGGUAGAAUACGAGGCGGUGCAAGAAGAGGUCGGGGGACAGCUUCACCUAGACGAGGAGUCAGAGGCGCGCCAAGAACCGGUGGAGGUGUGAUGCGAGGCCGAAGCCGAGGUGGAAUUGGCCGUUCGGCCGCCCCAUACACUCGGGGAGAUGUAAACAGUGCGUGGAAGCAUGAUAUGUUCGACGGAGUAAAGAAAGUGGGACGAGGUGCAAUCGGUGGCACAGGCACAACCAAGCUGUUGGUUUCAAAUUUGGAUUUUGGGGUUUCAGACUCCGAUAUUCAGGAAUUAUUCAGUGAAUUUGGACCAUUGAAAUCAGCCGCAGUACACUAUGAUAGAUCAGGUCGUUCUUUGGGGUCGGCAGAUGUUAUCUUUGAAAGGAGAGCCGAUGCUAUCAAAGCGAUGAAACAAUAUAAUGGCGUACCUCUCGAUGGUCGUGAAAUGAACAUCCAAGUUGCUACCUCAGAAAUACCUGUGACUUCAUCGAUUCGAGGAGGGAGUAGGCUAACUGGCGGUAACUUUACACAAAGAGUACAACCGCGCUUCAGAGGCGCACGUGGUGCCAGCUCAAAUCGAGGUCGUGGAACUGGGGGUAGACGUGGUGGAACCAGGGGGGGUGGCCGGACGCCAGCCAAGACCCCAACUGCUGAAGAGUUGGACGCAGAGCUGGAGGCGUAUGUGAAGGAAGUGAAGUAACAUAAGAUAAUAUAGAUUUACCACGUGCAUCUCAUUUAACAGUUUUCGUAUGAAAUAACACAUGACGUGUUUCUUAUUCCCAAUUAUUUUGAAAAUCAUAAAAUAGUGAAGGAGAAAGGUUGAAAUAAAAAAUAAUAUUGAUAAAUCAGAAAAAACUAAUAUUCAAAAGAAAAAAAAAGAAGUUAUUGAUUUUCUCAUAAAAAUGGGUAUUUUAUAUUUAAUCUGACGUUUACUCUUAGGGUUAGUAACAGAAAUAAUAAUAACUGAAAAUCGAUAAAUUAAUGGUAAAGGAACAAGAUACCGUUUGUAGAUGCUGAAAGAAAAAUAUUUUCUUUUUUUUCAUUAAUACAUGAACAUAUAAAACUUAUGACAUAAUAAUACAAAGGCUGUAUGGAUUUUGUAUGAUGUACUAUCGUGCGUGUGUGACAAUUGAUCGAAAAAUACACUAAAAUUCUUCUUCAAAAGUUGUUAUUCAUCAAAGUACGUAAUGUGCUUAUAGCCCUGAAUAGAUGUUUAAGUUGACACUGUUAAAACAACGUUACCAGUAUGUGAGCGACCUUCGUAUGAUUAUAUCCCAUUUAAAAAAUAAAUUAAAAAGAGACUUUUUGAAUGUACCAAAUUA